AUGGUGGCUGCUGCUGGGCGUAUCGAUAUCUCUGAAGAUGGCUCCAUCAAAAAUUACUACACGCAGCGGCAGUGGGCAGUGGAUGCUUUGACUCGCCGCCGCGCAGCGGAGCUAGUUUCGUCCUCCACCGACGUGAGUUCUACGCCUUCUCCUCCCCCUCUUCCUUCGAAAUCCAAACCCAGAAUAUACCAUGUGACCGAAUAUGGCGCGGAUCCGACCGGAAAAGCGGAUUCUACCAAAGCAAUUAGGAAAGCUGUGGCCGACGCAUGCGCCGCUACGACUGGCCAAUGGCUUAUCGCCGGAGUUAAUAAUCUCGGCGGCGCCGAGGUGCACUUGGACGGCGGCUUGUACUUGAUCGACGCGCCAAUUACUUUACCUGCUGGCAGUGGAAAUAUCAAGAUUCAUGGCGGCAGCCUCCGAGCGUCCGACGAUUUCCCUACGGACCGUUACCUGAUCGAACUCUCGGCAUCUCCAAACGUCAGUAGCCAGACCAACACCACCAUUGGUGACGGCGCCGCCUCCUCCAGUUACAAUUACGAGUACGUCACCCUGCGCGGCCUCUUGCUCGACGCCAACUACCGCGGCGGCGGAAUCACCGUCGUCGACGGCCUCCGCACAGUCAUUGAUGACUGCUACAUCGUCCACUUUGCCUCCGAGGCCGUUUCUGUCCUCUCCGGCCAUGAGACACUUAUCCGCGCCUCCUUCAUCGGCCAACACAUCACCGCAGGAGGCGACCCCGGCGAGAAGAACUUUUCUGGCACGGGCAUCAGCCUCGCCGGAAACGACAAUAUAGUCACCGACGUGGUCAUCUUCUCAGCCGGUGUCGGCAUCCUCGUGUCCGGCCAGGCCAACAUUUUCACCGGCGUCCACUGCUACAACAAGGCGACCGGGUUCGGCGGGACUGGGAUUUAUCUGAAAUUGCCCGGUCUAACUCAGACCCGGAUCACCAAUUGCUACUUGGAUUACACGGGCAUCGUGGCCGAGGAUCCGGUCCAACUGCUCAUCUCCAGUUCGUUCUUCCUGGGCGACGCCAAUGUGGUGCUCAAGUCGAUAAACGGCGUGGCGAAGGGCGUCGAGAUUGUCGACAACAUGUUCGCCGGCGGAGAUAGCGGCAUCGACAUCGUGGCAUUGGAAGGGAAUUUCACCGACGUCGACCAGGUGAAUGUGAACCGGAACACGGCCAAGGGGAUGACGGUUCGCGGGACGGCGGCGCGGGCAGCUGUGCACGGGAACGGGACGAGGUGGGAGGUCGACUUCUCGCCCGUGCUGCUGUUCCCGGAUCGGAUCGGGAACGUGCAGUACGCACUGCAGUCGGACACAGCGUUCUGUAGGCACGCUUUGAGGACCGUGUCCGGGAACGCCGUGGUGAUCGAGAGCGACGUCGCGGUGCAGGGUACGGUCCACGUGGAGGUGAAUCAGGCUCCGGCGAAUGGCGUGAUCGGUGUCUAA